AUGCUGGGGUACGAUGGAGCCUUGAAGGCACCGAUAUCUGCUAGGUUUGGUCGGGGCUCUGGUCGCAUUCUUCUAAUGAAUGUCAACUGUGAAGGAACUAAAGACAACCUAGCAGACUGUGCUCAUCCAGGGAUUGGACGUUACACUAACUUAUGUACCCAUUCGAUGGAUGCAGGAGCUGUAUGUUACUCAGGAAUAAAUCCUGACCCAUUACAAGUUCGCCUUGUUGGAGGAUCAAACGAUGCUGAAGGGAGAGUAGAGGUAUUACAUGACGGAUCCUGGGGUAAUGUCUGCGAUAAUUAUUGGGAUCUCAGAGACGCCAGGGUUGUUUGUAGGAUGCUGGGGUUUGAUGGAGCCUUGGAGGCACCGAGAUCUGCAAGGUUUGGCCAAGGUUCCGGUCGCGUGCUGCUGAAUUAUGUAAACUGUGAAGGAUCAGAAGACAACCUAGCAGACUGUGCUCAUGCAGGGAUUGAACGUUACUCAUGUAGUCAUUCAAGAGAUGCAGGAGCCAUUUGUUAUUCUGAAGCAAACCCAAACCCAUUCGAAGUUCGCCUUGCCGGUGGAUCAAACGACGCUGAAGGGAGAGUAGAGAUCAUGCAUGACGGAUCUUGGGGUACUAUCUGUGAUGAUUGGUGGGAUCUGAGAGACGCCAGAGUGGUUUGUAGGAUGCUGGGGUUUGAUGGAGCCUUGGAAGCACCGGGAUCUGCACGUUUUGGGCAAAGUUCCGGUCGCGUGCUGCUGAAUUAUGUCAACUGUGAAGGAUCAGAAGACAACCUAGCAUACUGUGCUCAUGCAGGGAUUGAACGUUACUCAUGUAGUCAUUCAAGAGAUGCAGGAGCCAUUUGUUAUUCUGGAGCAAACCCAAAUCCAUUCGAAGUACGCCUUGCCGGUGGUUCAAACGGAGAUGAAGGAAGAGUAGAGAUCAUGAAUGACGGAUCCUGGGGAACCAUAUGUGAUCAUGACUGGGAUUUUAGAGAUGCCAGGGUGGUUUGUACGAUGCUUGGGUUUGAUGGAGCCUUGGAGGCACCGAUAUCUGCAAGGUUUGGCCAAGGUUCUGGUCGCGUUCUUCUAACGUUUGUCAACUGCGAAGGAACUGAAGACAACCUAGCCGACUGUGCUCAUGCAGGGAUUGGACAUUAUUCAUGCAGCCAUUCGAGGGAUGCAGGAGCCGUUUGUUACUCAGGAGGUAGGUUUUGUCUUUAUACCGAACCGGGAAAAUUUAAUUGUACUGGCAAAUUACCUAAAUUUUAAACGAGCAUUCCUU